AUGUGGCCUUGCAGGGCUGAGUGCACAUUGUUGAUGAGCUUUCUGGAUUUGCAGUCAGUGUUGCAGCUUUGGUCGGCAGUUCGCCGAGCUCGAGCGGGCCAUGACCUUCUGUUGAACUGCGCUUUGCAAGCGACGGGGGAGCAGAGAUGGCGACGCAUCAGGAUGUGGAAGUUGUGGCUCUCAGGCAGAGCGGACAUUGACAUCGCCACCGCGCGCGAAUUGAUCCAUCAGAUCGACGACUUGAUGCGCCCGUGCCGCUGUAUUUCCAGGGCCUUAGCGCAGGACGCGCAGCUGGCCGUCAGCCAGCUCGUAUCGGCUAGACUGCGGUGGGUUCUUCGGAUGCUACUGCUGCAGAACCAGGCAUUCGAUGCAGAAUUGUCUAUGGCGGGAAUCUUCGAGGUGACUUCCAUAGCUCGUGGAUCAAUUCUGGAGGCAGUGACUUUGGGGAGGCUUCUGCUCCUGCCAGUACUUCUGACAGACGAGGGGGCUGGUCCUGAAAUUCCGAACCUCAGCUUGUGGAAGUCUUUCCUCCACCAGUGUCAUGGCCUGUGGCUGGACGCGUCACGCUGUCCUUGGACUUGCAUUGAUUUCUUUGGACAUGGAGAUGCAGUGCAGCUGAAUUUGGAGGUGAGCCGUGGUGAGCUAGCUGCACUGUGCGAUUUCCCGUCGCGGCUCUGGAGAGAUGCCUUCGAAGCCGGCUUUGGCAGCCUUGGGAACGCUGGGAGGGCGACGAUCUCGUUGUGGAUCUCGGCAGUAGACGUCAGUGCCCACAUCUGUCUGCCAGAGACGGAUGGACACAGUGGACACAAUCUACGUCUCAAUUGUAUCGUUCUUGGCUCCGAUCUGGAGAAGAUGAGUUUCUUUAGUGGUCAGAAAGGCCGCAUUGAGAUUAAUUCAACAACUGCAUCUGCCGCCAAAGUGAUUAUGGUAAAGGACCUGGGGACUGAAAGCUUCGAGCGUCUCGCCGUGGCCGCAUGCGAAUCGUUGGUGCGGGUUGCUUGA